GCUGGCCGCUUUUGGCAGGCGGCUGUUGGUACGCAAACUGUCAAAUAUGUAAACAAUGCGCCGGUAUGUUGUUGCGAGUGAUAAAGCGAAAUUUUGCGCUCUUCUCGAGGGUUCAAACAGUCCGACAUAGCAAUAAGCAUAUUCUGACCACUGCUAGGGCACACUACGGCACGAUGAAAUAUCUUAACCAGCAGGAAGCGAUCAGUGUCGAUGAGGAACUGUUCAAUGAGUACAAGUUUAGCGUCGAUCAGCUGAUGGAAUUGGCCGGCCUUAGCUGUGCCCAUGCGAUUGCCGAUGCAUACAGCCACGAUAGUUUGAGAUCAAACAAGGUUCUAAUCUGCUGUGGACCGGGCAACAACGGAGGCGACGGAUUGGUAGCCGCACGACAUCUCUCCUUGAUGAGCUUCGUACCGUACGUGUACUAUCCGAAGCGAACCGACAAGGAGCUGUUUAAAAAUCUCCAACAUCAGGCCGAAUCGAUGGGCAUCACCGUAUCGGUGGACUGUCCGGCCGGCGAAUGGGUGGAGGCAGAGUUUGGUCUGAUUGUGGAUGCGUUGUUUGGGUUCAGCUUUAAACCACCGGUACGGGAGUCCUUCCGACCGAUCAUGGAGGUUCUGCAAAAGACGAAGCUUCCGAUCGUAAGCGUUGACAUACCGAGCGGCUGGGACGUAGAGUUGGGCCCCCAGACGGACUGUGAUAUUAAGCCGGACUGUCUAAUUUCGCUGACGGCUCCGAAACUGUGCGCCAAACAUUUGGUAAACGCCAAACACUAUCUUGGUGGACGGUUCGUGCCCGGCAAGCUGGAGGAAAAGUACGCAAUGAAUCUGCCCGGAUACAAGGGCCGUGAUCUGUUUGUGAGAUUAAGUUAAUGCAAUCGAUUAACAGGAGCUUUCAAAGCGUAAUAGCGCAACACAACGGUCACCCACCCUCAUGGUCAUCAUUUUUGCAAAGAUCGCCACCCACUUUUGUACACCAGCUCGGCG